GCGCUGCAAGCAUUGGCUCGUUGCGAGUUAAAGAUCGCUCGAGGCGACAGCUUUUUGACAAGCGUUGUUUGUUGUGCGCGGCGUGGUGACAACGGCGAUUCGACGACCGGUCGAAACGAUUAUCGAGACUCGAGCCUCCUCGCUAUGGGGAAGAAGAAACGGUUGCGGUGAAUUUUUUUUUUUUUUUUUCCCAUCCCAACACUCACCGCGGUUUUGCGGAUAUUUGAAUUUAACCGCUUCGCUCUUUUCCCCGAUCCCCGAUCGAUCCAAGAUUCUCCGAGAGACUCUGCACGCCUUCGAACAUGAGGAACUUGACUGUGUGAAAUUCGUUUCUCAAACCGCGUGACGGUGUUUUUACCCCCUGUGACGUUUGUCGCGUGGAGCGCAGGUUGCUUGUACCUAAUUGUGGGUGGAAGGAGCGGAUUCUUUGGUUAUUCUUUCCUGCACUAGCGCUCUCCUUUAAUCCUUCGAUUUCAGUAGACGUCGAUAUCGGUGUUUCCUUUUUUUUCACCCUCUCUCUUUUUCACCCGCGUCGAAGAGAAUCAAGAACCGGAACUUGAACUGUUUUCGAAAUGCGAAUGAAAAUGAAUCCUGAGGUACAGAGGGCGAAUAAAUAACUCGCUUGUUUCAACGGUGAUUUUAUUAUGUGUCUGUGUAUUAUUACUUUCGUCGUUUCGCUUUCUUUCCGAUACCUCGAUUAAGAAAAAAAGAGAAGAGUAAAAAAAAAAAAGAAGAAAGAAAGAAAUCGCGACCGCGUGGAAAACAGAAUUCAGUGGUUGGUGAAAAAAAGUGCUAGACCGUAGUUGAAAAGUGUGUAUCAUACGAAAAGAGAUUUAAAGUGAUUUAUAUCAAGUGGUAGGGGGAAAAGAAAAAAGAAAAAGAAAAAAUAAUAAAUGAAAAAAGGAUCGGAAUGUAGUGCGUUUAGGAGUAAAUCAAAACCCCUUGUUUUACUGAUUAUCAUUUCCCCGUUUCUACGCAAUUAUUAUAAAUAAAGUGGUGCUUUGGAUAUCGACGAAAAUGCGGCCCGAGGACAGCAGGUGUCUGAUUCUUCUGACCCUUUUGACGGUCGCGACUAAAGCGCAAUAUCGAUCGCCCCGCAUAACGGAGCACCCGUCGGACAUAAUAGUGGCAAAACACGAGCCGGUCACCCUAAAUUGCAAGGCAGAGGGUAAACCGGAACCCGUCAUCGAAUGGUUCAAAGAUGGGGAACCCGUCAGGACGUCACCCGGUGACGCAAAGUCCCACAGGGUCCUGCUACCGGCAGGUUCCCUGUUCUUCCUGAAGGUGAUGCACGGGAAAAAGGAACAGGACGGCGGCGUCUAUUGGUGCGUCGCUAAGAACCAGGCCGGAAGUGUUACCAGCAGGAACGCCACGCUGACUGUUGCAGUGUUACGAGACGAGUUUCGAGCCGAACCACAAAACACCCGAGUCGCUGCCGGGGAAACAGCGCUUUUGGAAUGCGGUCCGCCACGAGGAAAUCCGGAACCUUCGCUCCAGUGGAAGAAGAACGGAAACGUCGUCGAUUUGGAGGCUUCGAAACGAGUCAGUCUCGUCGACGGCGGCAAUCUUAUGAUAUCCGACGUCAGACAGACAGACCAAGGGAAAUACCAAUGCGUCGCGCAGAAUAUGGUCGGUUUUCGGGUUUCCGCCGUUGCUACCCUCACUGUCCACGUAAAACCAUACUUCCUAGCCAUGCCCACCAACCAAACAAUUCUGACUGAUCAAACCGCGGAAUUCGCAUGCCAUGUUGGCGGAGAUCCACCUCCCGAAAUUCUCUGGCGUCGGACCGACGGCAAGAUGCCAAUCGGCAGGGCUAACAUUUUGGACGACAAGAGUCUUCGAAUAGAACGCGUUACCACCGAAGACCAAGGAACUUACAUCUGCGAUGCUGAGAACAGCGUUGGCGCCAUCAGUGCUAAUGCCACUCUGACCGUUCACUCUCGCCCAGUCUUCGCGCACUUUCCAAAAGAUGAAGCGGUAAGCACAGGUUCGGACGUUUCCUUCGCCUGUGCCGCUCGUGGGGCACCAAAACCCUCGAUAUUUUGGACCCGAGAAGGGUCGCAAGAGUUGAUGUUUCCCGGCAACGUUUAUCAAGGACGUUACACGGUAACGGAGGACGGAAGUCUGAACAUAAAGAAGGCCGUUCGCAAGGACGAAGGUCACUACGUUUGUAGUGCGAUAAGUCAAGCCGGAGCCAGUACUGCCACUGUCUUCCUUGAGGUUACAUCCGCAGAAGAAACGCCCCCGCCAAUAAUAGAAUUGGGACCAGCGAACCAAACUCUGCAGCUUCAAAGUACCGCCUCACUGCCAUGCCGGGUUGUCGGCACUCCAACGCCUCGGAUUCAUUGGCACAAAGAUGGAGUUUUAGUGAACCUUGGAAGUCGGAUAACAAUGGCCAGCAACGGCACUCUGUUCAUCAACGACCUGCAAUCGAGCGACGCCGGUCUUUUCACCUGCAUCGCCUCCUCGGAAUCGGGAAACACGUCGUGGUCAGCAACGCUGAGCGUCAGCACGUCCACGUCUCUGCAUCGGACACCCGACAUGUCGGCAUUGCCCCAAAACCCAAGCAAACCAAGAAUCGUUAACACAACGAGCAACUCUGUUACCCUUACAUGGAGUCCUGGACACGAGGGUCAGAGCCCGAUCAUCGGAUACAACAUCGAGUAUUUUAGCAGCAAUUUGAACACUGGAUGGGUUGUUGCCGCUACGGGAAUCACUGAUGACACGUACACCGUAACUGACCUGAAACCGGAUACCAGCUACGUCUUCUUGGUUCGUGCCGAAAACAGCCAUGGUCUCUCAUUGCCCGGGCCACUUUCAGACAGCGCUCAUACAACCAGCAUCAAUCAAAAUUCCGUCCCUCCAAUCGUAUUGAUACGAGCAAGGGACCGCUUGAACAGUGAAAUUCUGCACUUAAGAGAAGUCCAGCCUCUAACUAGCACUGCAGUAAAAAUCAUGUGGGAUAUUCUUGGUGCUGCAGAUUUAGUGGAAGGCCUCUAUAUACGUUAUCGUGAGGUGUCUAAUAAACCCGAAUAUCAGAUGGUCACCGUCCUAAAUGCUGGUGCUACCAGUUACGUGCUAGUAAAUCUGAAAAAGUACACGCAAUACGAAUUCUUCUUGGUGCCAUUUUACAAAACAAUCGAAGGAAGACCUAGCAAUGUUAAGCUUGCAACGACGUUGGAAGACGCCCCGACUGGAGCCCCGGAAAAUGUUCAUGUCGGGAUGAUCAACAUGACGUCAGCGUUCGUUAGAUGGUCGCCACCCCCAAAACCGGAACAAAACGGGCAGCUUGUCGGAUACAAGAUACAAAUCAAGAGCAAUAGCAGCAACAAGAUUCUUGGUCAGAUGUCGUUGAAUGCUUCAACCACGUCUGUAAUCAUAAACAGUUUGACAACUGGGGGUCUUUACACGGCACGAGUUGCUGGACUGACGCGUGCUGGCAUGGGUCCCUUUUCCGGACCAACUCUUCUCAAUAUGGAUCCCGGACAACUGACUCAAUUACCCCCGAGAACCGAUCCAAGUCAUGGGGGGAUAUCUGUGGUGAGGGAAACGUGGUUCCUCAUCCUGAUGAUCGUGAUGGUGUUCGCGGUAUUCGCUGUUCUCCUGGGUGCGUUAUACGUGAGGAGAAGACAGGCCAUGAGCAAGCAGCUCGGACACUUGAACGUGCCCGUGGGUACAGCCAACGACAUAUGCCAGUUGAACAAAGAUACUUUAUGGCUGGAUCGCGGGUGGAAACCAACUAGCACACUCCAAAGUGCGAACGACAAGGACUGCGAGACGAAAUUAUUGAAUAAUCAGCAAAUGUUGGCGCCUGGUGUCGUGGCGAUUCCCGGUUCGGAAUACGCUGAAGUGAAUCUGACGACGUUUUACAACGCAAGGAAACAGCUUCAAGCUCCGCCAGAACCAUACGCAACAACAACGCUUUGCGUCGGUAGUCGGAGUCCUGACUCCAUGGAGAAUAGCGGACAGAAAUCGAACUCUAGCGACUCCUGCGUCAAGCCAGACUAUUCGAGCUUGGAUUCUAACCAGGAUCACAACAAGUCAACCAUGUCGCCAAGCAGCGACAAUGCCAGCAGUGUAUACACCGACGAGAAUAUGGAAAUUCAGAGAAGACCGCAGUACCGGAUCCCCCUGAACGAUACUCAGCCGGGUAUGCCGAACUGGUGCGACAUGUUGCCGCCUCCUCCAGAGCACCCGCCACCCCCAGGAACCUCUCUUUCAACGAGGAUACAGACGCCUGCGGGUGCUUUUAGUCCGCAUUUGGCUAAACGAAUCGUCCCGAAUGACUUGGACGGUUCGACGUCGGCGAAUUCACAGAGUCCGCCAACUCCGCCUGUGAGAGUGGGCAACAGUUACUCCCCAUCUCCUACGCCGUGGAACGGUCAUGGACCAAUCGAGGGGGCGAACCACGGAAACCUUCCGCAGGGAAGGUACACCACUUUACCUCCACAAACGAACCCCCCACCCGUCCCGUCUUUCCCGCAAGGCUUCAACCACUACGAUUACAAAAAUCAAGAGAACGAAUAUGAGAGCGGCUCGGUAAUAUACGGUCACCAGAAUGGACACCCCGAAGAUUACAGAACCCACGACAGCUUCAACCGUGCGAAUCAUCCGAACUCACAUCUGGAUCAUACGACGUUGAACGAUGAAGUUUAUCGACACAACGAGGAGAUGUUUAGAAACGACAAUCUUUAUCAGCCGGAUAACGACGAGUGGGACAGAAAAUCGUGCGACUCAAACACGCACUCUGACAUGUGCUGUUCCUGCUCGGAGUCCAGCUGUCUGUACGCCGACACCAUGGAAUACAACAACCAGUUUGCUCCUGGGUGCGCCCACAACAGGGGUGGGUCCAGGAACAGGAGCAACAGGAGCCCAAGGAGACGGACCAACAGACCACCGUCGCCGACUUACAGCAGCGACAGCAAUUAUUCCUGCAUUCCUCAGAGACAAUGCGGGUCCUCCAACCCUCAGGAACAUCACAGGCACAACCGUAGCAAAGACAAAGUUCCUGGCUUUCCAAGAGCGAGUGGUUACCCCCAGCACAACUCGUCGGCCUCCAACACGAUGAGCAGCUCGGGUAGCCAGAGAUACAACAAACUGAACAGCGUUUUCUUGGGGGCGAAUAAUCCCAUUGCUUCAUCAGAGUCCAACCGACUGAGCGAUCACCGCGAAAGCUAAACGAAAUCAACUACCGGAGUUUGAGCUAAAAAUGUGUGGUUGUUGCGAGGUCACAACAAUUAUCGGCGGAACCAUUGGGCGUAAUAACGCAACUUGAAAUUAGAUAAGGACUUUUACCAUUCAGCAGUUACUGUAGUAACUCGUGAGCAAUUAGCGAAAUCCAUUAGACGAAUUUCGCCGAUUGCCAAUAGUUGAAUACCUCGCGUAGAAACAGUCUCUGUAUCCGAAUGAUUCCAUGAUUUAAAAGUGACUGUUAAAAAAUAUUUUCUCCAUUCUACCUUUCUACGUUUGAGGAACCAAGCCUUCUAAUAUUCUUCUUGCUAAUAGAAUUGCGAAGGCUUAGGCAAACGAGCGUUGAUUUAUGAAGAAUAAAAUGAACAAUAAUAAAUAGCCUCGACUUAAUUUUAGUAUUUCACAAUGGGAUUGUCCAUUGGAAAAUAUCUCAAACAUUUCAAAGCAAUUACAUUUGUUACGUUAACCUAUAAUUAUUUUCCGAGUAGAAUGUUAAGUACUAAUAUUACCUUUAGCGGGCGAUUUACUUUUUAGGUUUAAUUUAAGAUACGCUCGUAGUAGUAAGAAGACAUACACACAAUAAUGAAGCCCAACUCUUCGAGUGCUUUAAAAAUUAUUCGAAAUAAUUGAAACACGAGAACAUGUAAAUCUCUUCGUUGUAAGAAAUUUUCAUAGACUGAUCAAGAUCUGAAAGAAAUCCACAAUUUAUGUUCCGUGGUAAACAUAGAUUUCCGCAUAACUUACUUAAGUACCAUUGUUGAGAAUGUGGUACAAGUACGAGAGAAAAAGGAGUAAUGCCAAUAUCUAAGCAAUACAUGAAUAAAACUUGAAAAUAUCGUUCCAACAGAGGACGUGCGUAUUGUUGAAAGCUUUUAUUUUAUAAAUAUGACGUUUUUUCCCAUUCAAUAUUUUUAAUUUUACACCCAACACGAUUAUGAUUGCUGGAAUUUAGGUACCUUGACAAGUUUCAAGGUGAUUUAUAAUUCCAAAGCAGUUUUUAUACAAGCUAUUGUACUAUAGCCUCCUUAUUAUUUCAUGUAACUGAACAGCUACUGUAAUAAUGGAUAAAACUUUGAUACGUGUAACGAGAAGGUGGCAUUUAUUUUCAAAAACGUGUACAUUCUCAACUGCCACGAAAAAUAAUGCAUAUUAUUUUCGAUAUAACGUUCCUAACUCGUAAGGAAAUUAAAAAAUAAUUUUACUAAAAUGAAGUAAUCAACGUGUAUCUCUUCCAAAACGAAUAUACUUAUAAUAUAAUAUAUUAUAAAAUAUUACGGUAACAAUGACGAUGUAAGUGUAUAAUCAUAUCAGAUGGUUUUUGUAUACAUUGUACAAAGUUGAUUAACAAGUUUAGUCAUUAGUAUAUAAUUAACACAUUAAUGAUUAUUAUUAUUAUUAUUAUUAAUAUAUGCGCCGUAGUUGUUAAGGGAUAUGAGGUGUAUUAUGUAAUCAGUAAUGUGUAUAAGCGUGUCCUGACAGAUAAGUGAGAAUGUGAGUACGAUGUUAAGUGGUACAUUUUACCACAUGAUACAUUCAUAUUUUAACAGUUUUCUAAAUACCAAUACAUAUGUGGCUGCACCUUGUGGUAAAUGGACCAUAAUACACAUAUAUAUCAUUAAAAAACACAUAGACAUUAAACGAAAAAACCAUGUGUUUUUUGUUGGUAAAUUUUUUGUGAAUAUAAACAUAUAGUUUAACUAAUGUAUAAGAUGUAUUCUGCUGUUACAUCCAGUGUGGUUUCAUAUGAAGAAAGAAUAAUUAGUGAUUAAUGAAAAGAACACUAGGUAAGCGAUAGAUAACUUUGAAGCCAUGUAAUCGCUCAAACUCAACAUAACUAAUUAAUUACUGUACUAGUUAAAAGUAAUCAACUGCCCGAUAGACACUAUGGUCUCUUUAUUGAACGAAAAGCUUAAGAGAUCAAAGAAAUUCAAGGUUUAAAAUUUUUUUACUUUGAUAGAGAUUAUAAUCACUGCCGAAUUUUUUAUUGUGCUCCUACAGUAAUACUGCAAUUUUAAUUGAUUGGAAUUUUUUACUUAUUAACGAUAGAAGGUCAACUGUUGACGGGGAUCGUCAAACUUUCCGAGAGUCAGUGCACACAAUUAAUGACUCGUAAAAACCAUUAUAAAUUUGAAUUUAAAUAAAAAUUAGAAAGAAAAGGUUCAUUUCCGCUGUCACGUCAAGUAUUUUAAAAACUGUCAUCUAUUUCAGAAUAGAAGUGAAGAAUAGACGUAGUAAGUAUCUAGUAUCGGUACAGUAACUUGUAAAUCGUAAAUGUAAUGAGUGCACGUUCGUAAAAAUCCAUCCAAUCAGAGAAAAAAAAAAUACAUUUAGAAAUGCUCUUGAAGCGUUUAGUUUAGGUUUCACGCUAGAGAACGUCAACACCGUACAGAGAUUGCGAAAUUAUAGUGUUUCAAUGAAGAGAAAUAGCUAGGAAAUAUACUUUAAGAGAAUAGCCCCUACCAUGAUGUUAUCAAAUUUAAAUAACUAUCCACGGCCUUUGUAAAUUUGUAUAAGGGGUUGCAUGGCCACAAAUUUUUUGAGGUAAUCUUUGAAAUUACUUCAACGACAUUGUGGCUGUGGCACAAAAUAAGAAACCAUCGCCUCAAUGCAGAUAAGAGAGAAUAACGUAUUAUUUUUAUAAUUUGCUGUCUUUGAAAAGUUGAAGCGAUGGUUUUAUUGUUUUGUUAAAUAAAUACGGUUAAACUCGAUAGAGUAAAAGUUCUGUCAAAACAAGCCUUGCGAUAAAACAUAGCUCGCACACAACUGGUGGGUCUUACAGGGCCCACCAUCCUAACGUUAAAAAACUUAAGUAAUAUAAUCUGUAUUUGUAGAUUUAUUCAGCCAAAUUUUGCCAUCAAAUAUAAGUCCUGUGAAUUUUG